GAGGUCAUAUGCACAGGAUCUGCCAUUUUGGGAAUAGGAUGCUGGCUGGCUCAGGUGGGCCUCUGGCCUGAUCCAGCAGGCCACGUCAUGGGUCCUUAUCUUCCCUCUCUCUUCCUCCAGCUCCUUGCACAGGAGGCAGAGAAGGAAGAAUUGCACUGGCUUCUAGCCUGUGGCUUCUUUUGCACUAUGAACCUAUCCCAGCAACUGGGGUAGAAUGGAGGGAGGAAAAGUUUGUAACUAUAGAGAAGAGAUUUUUCUCUCCUGUCCCCCUCCAGCCAUUGCCAAGGGGGAGUGUCAGAUGCUGUUUUCAGAGAUGCCAAGCGCACUGUUUUGUCUCCUGGCCUGCGCGACUGUUUAGUUUUGCCACCCAUGCAGAAUUUAAAUUUAUCCCCUUGGCCGGUGGCCAGGAUCGGAGGUAGAAAGCCUUGGCGGGAGGGGAAAACUCAGCACCAUUGUGUCUGUGCACUUGUCACAUGAGGCAUAUCUAUGCGCUGGAACUCCACCGGAGAGCAGCUUCAUGCGUGCAUUGCAUGAAAAAUGGCCAUGUGUGACGAAAUUCGGCGCCUUUCCUCCCAGGGGAACAGGCCUUGGCACACCAGAGACAAUUGCCUCUUGGCGCCAGGGUUUGUGAGCUCAGCAAGCCUCCUAAAGUCGCAAGCGGGAAACCUCUAAGUGCAGGAAAACUGUGCCAAAGAGCAUCAGGUCUAUAAAACCUGCAGUCAUGAAAAGGAAGGAGAUGAAACCUUCCCGGUGUAUCACCGUGGCUACUGCUUUGCUGAGUCUGGUUGCCCUCAAAGCCUACAUUGAGUGGAGUGUGGAGGAGGCCGAGAGGGUCCCGACCCCUCAUGGGGGGCACGGCGUCACGGCCCAGCCCUCCAAGGACGACUUGCCGGCCUUUACCCUGCAGCGCUUCAACGCCUCUUUGCAUCAGCUGCGCCAGAGCAUCCCGCGGACAAACGCCUACUGGAAUGAAAAGCAGCACCAUAUUUUCCAGGACUUGGAGUACGGGCUGGUGAACACUUCAUGGAACGACUGUUCCGCCGGGCCCGAGGCAGCAAGCCGGGUGGCCAAAAUCAGCGACUUCAGCUCCUAUCCGGACCUUUACAAGAACUUCCUCCUCUACGACGAAUGCCGGAACUUCUCUCUCUUGAUCAACCAAGCAGGCAAAUGCUCCGGCACCAAGAACCGCACUUUCCUGCUCUUGGCUAUCAAAUCUCUGCCGGGGAAUUUCGCCGCCCGCCAGGCCGUGCGGGACACGUGGGGGGGCGAGGGCGAACCCGGAGGGUUGCCGGUCCGCACCGUCUUCUUGCUGGGCACGGCCCAGAGCAGCUUCGGGCCUCGGCUCCAGCGCCUGGUGGACUACGAGAGCCGGAGCUAUGGCGACAUCUUGAUGUGGGACUUUGAGGACACCUUCUUCAACUUGACUCUGAAGGACUUCCUCUUCCUCAGUUGGACCGCGGAGUAUUGCCGGGACGUGCGCUACAUCCUCAAGGGGGACGACGACGUCUUCAUCAACACACCCAAGGUCUUGGAGUAUCUGGGGUCCCUAGACGCCAACAAGAUGCUCUACACGGGCCAAGUGAUGGCCAACGCUUCGCCGUUCCGCGUCCGCCGGAGCAAAUACUAUGUCCCUGAGUCGUAUUACGUGGGGCCUUACCCGUCCUAUGCGGGGGGUGGGGGGUACAUCUUCUCGGGGCCGCUAGCCCGGUGGCUCCACCUCGUGUCCCGACACAUCGCGUUCUACCCCAUCGACGAUGUUUACACGGGCCUUUGCUUCCAAGCCCUGGGCAUUGUCCCUGAGGCGCACCCGGGCUUCCUGACCUUUGACAUUGCGGAGAAGGACCGCAGCGACCCUUGCGUCCACAGCAGGCUACUGCUGGUCCACCGCCGCAGCCCCCAACAGACCCUCCAGCUGUGGAAGCAGAUCACAGACCCAAACCUCAGCUGCUGAACAAUGGGAGUCAGGAACAAGGGGUUUGAGGCGCUUCCUGUUGAGCGCUGAAGGCAGACGUGGUGCAGCCUUUUGUGUCUUUGUUGGACACGAGGACCUCCUGUGUGCAGUUAAGGGAGGGGAAUGACCUCCUUGAAAAGUCUGUGUGUGGAGAAAGGGCCACUGCCUUCGUAUUCUGCUUGGGCACUUCCUAGAGGCAGGGGCCUGGCCACGGUCGGAAACCGAAUACUGGGUCAGAAGGGCACCCUCUUCACUAGGCUUCUCCUUAGGUUUCUGUUUUAUGCCUGCUCUGGGGUGGCAGCAUGGAGAGAGGAUAAAUUGGCAGGUUGCGCAGUGAGCAGUCCUGUAGAAAGCAGAGGACCAGAGGGGCAUUUUUCUGAGUUGUUUGGAAAGGGUGGUAUCUCAGGGGCAGAGGACAUGUCUGGCUGUGUCAAGGCCCACCUUCAAUCUCUUUGCCCGGGGUGGGGGGCCCUUUACUGCCAGAGGGCCGCAUUCUCUUCCGUGCCAUCUUCUGAGGGGCCGCAUGCCAGCGGUAGGUGUGACCAGAGGUACAAGUGGGUGGAGCAAUGGAUGUAAAUUUGGCCUUUGUAUAGGAGGCAGGUUUCUACACAGACAGACACCACCUAUCCUCCUUCUGGACAAGUAAAAGGUGUGAUCAGAGUUCAAGGAGACAUUUGUGGAAUCAUGGAAGAGUUGGAAGGGACCCCAUGGGUCAUCUAGUCCAACCCCCUGCAAUGCAGGAAUCUCAACUAAGGCAUCCAUGACAGAUGGUCAUCCAACUUCUGCUUAAAAGCCUCCAAGGAAGGAGGGUUCACCACCUUCCAAGGGAGACUGUUGCACUGUUGGAACAGCCAUUUGGGGGUGUGAAAAGGGGCCAAAGUGGGGUAUGGCUUGGAGACAGGGGGUAUGACUAAGGGAGAGUUCUUCCUGGUGUUUAGUCGUGAUCUCCUUUCUUGUAACUUGAAGCCAUUGGUUCGAGUCCUACCGUCUAGAGCAGGAGAAAACAAGCUUGCUCCCUCUUCCGUGUGGCAGCCCUUGAGAUACCGUGUUUCUCAAAAAAUAAGACACCAUCUUAUAUGUUUUUUCCCUCAAAAAACAACAACACGGUGGCUUAUUUUCAGGGGAUGUCUUAUUUUUUUUAAUUAAGUAUUUUUUAAUUAAGUAUUUUUUUAAUUAAGUAUGGUACAGUUUAACCUUGUAGGUUAAACUGCCUAUCACUAUGGCUUAUUUGGGGGGUAUGGCUUAUUUUUGGAGAAACACGGUAUUUGAAGGUGGCUCUCAUAUCUCCUGUCUCUUCCUAUCCAGGCUAAACAUACAGUACUCAGCUCCCUCAUCCAUUCCUCAUAAGGCUUGGUUUCCGGACCCUUGAUCAUUUUGGCUGUCCUCCUCUGCACAUGUUCCAGCUUGUCCAUAUCCUUCUUAAAUUGUGGCACCCAGAACUGGGCACAGUAUCCCAGGUGUGGUCUGACCAAGGCAGAAUACAGUGGUACCACGAGUUCCGUUGACCAAAACACUAGACUUCUGUUGAUGCAGUCUAGAAUAGCAUUAGUAUUUUUAUUUAUUUAUUUGCUGCUGCAUCACAUUGACUCAUGUUAAACUUGUGCUCCUUUUUCACACGUACUGUUAGUAAACCAGGUGUGUCCCCUGCCAUCUUAUAUUUGUGCAUCUGGUUCUUCCUGCCUUAAGUGCAGAACUUUACAUUUGUUCAUAUUGAAAUUAAUUUGGCCCAGUUCUCCAAUCUGUUAAGUCUAUUUUAUUGUGUGGGGAACAAAUCUCCAAGCUGCCAUUGCCUUUAGAAAGAAACCUAAACAUGCAUAAAGGGAUGUGAAAUUAGGAGGGAGAAAUUCUAUCGCAACAGCUCAAUGUUAGGGAAUGAUAAUUUUCAGAUUUGGAAGGGCAAACAACUCAGUCUUUCAGAUCGCCCAGGUUAAAAAAUAUUUGGAGGAUUAACACUUGCUAUACACUUUUUCCGGUAUGAAAGUCUGCAGCCCUACCAGGGAUGUCGCACUGAUAGAUUUCCUGCAAUGGCAAGUGGUUUGACUAGAUGGCCUUUGAGUACUUACCAGUACAUUUCAGGUGCUUGUCAAAUUUGCUUUCAAUCAAUCAAACUCUUUGAUCACACAGUGGGAUUCUGUACAGCUCAUGUACCAGAGCUGGCUCAGCUAAUCAGAAAUAUUAAAAAUCCAACAUGCAACUUGAAUGCAGUUUUCUUCCUGCUGAAACAAGGAGGGCUGCAGACAUGCACAACCACUCGGAUCUGAAGGCUGACAUCUUUAGCAGGAUAGUACUUGGGACACAUUGAAAAGAAGCAGGUCCAGUUUUUACAACACUUGCUUCAGAAAGACUUAAGUGUUGUGGAAACCUCUGCCUGGUUCACACCUGUCUGUCAGGCUGCUUUUAAAGGCUCAGGACAUGGGCCGAGUAAGAGUGGUACUGAUUCUGGGUUGGGCUCUCCUUCCUCACCUUCCUCACCCCAAUGCCGGAUCUGGCUGGGUGGAUCCUGCUGAUGAGUUCUGUAUUAUCUGACAUGUUUUUCCCACUACAAGCAUUUCCCCUCUACAGUCCUCGAUCUCCUAGGUCCAAGCACUGGCAGAGGAAGGGGGGUGCGGUGGGUGCGGCCUGGCCGGGAUGUCAUCCGGGGGGGGGGGUUGACAUCGCCCUCCCACCCCCCUGGCUAGCUCCACCUCCAGGUCCAAGGCACCCAGAGAAAUUGGAUGAACAAAGGAGCCCAGCAAACUUGUCCGUGCUAUCAGCCUCCUAGUGUUUAAAUACACCUGAAGGAAAAGUGUCCACCUUCAUCAAUGGCAAAAAAAUAGGUGUGUUCUAUGAAAUCACAGGCUAUUAAUUGCUGCCUUCUUGGCUGCAUCUUACACAGAAAUUUGAGCGAGGUUCGUGUGUUUCCAUGUGAUUUAUUUAAAGAGCAGGGAAGACUAUUUCUCCCAGCUGCAGUGAUGUACAGAUAUCAUAAUAAAAUAUGCCUCAGGUGCUGUGUCUUGAUCAUGUGAUUCAUGUCUGCCAUGGUUGGAAGUUAAACUUGUUGCUGCUCUUUGGAAAGUAUUCACAAGUGCUUUUAAAAUACCAGGCUAGUAACCUAGUGCUAAACUAUUAUUUUGCAGCAAGGCAGUGGUUCCUAAAUGAUGGUGUAGCAGGGAGGCAAGCUGUUUUCAGUGUUGUGUUUUAUAAACCAAAAAGUCUGCCUUUUGGCUGGGGCAAGCAGCUGAGGCAAAAAAUGGAAGGGUGACGGGUCGUAUCAAAGGGACAGAACAGGCUUGUAGACAGGAAAGCAGAUGGCCAAGGAAUCUUUAGUGUCCUUCCACAUGAUGGCUGACAGGUGGUAAAACGAGGCAGUGAGCAAAUAACAAGUAAACUAGGAAAGUAUGCUGUGAUACAAAAUUUUAAGGAACUUGCCCUAAGAUGUUGAAGAUGAUGGAUUCUGUACCUAGUACCUGUUUCCAACUAAGUUCUACUCAGACAAGAGCCUCUGAAAUUAAUAAAUCUGCAUUAGUCAUGGCCAUUAACUUCAGUAGGUCUACUCAGAGGAGGGCUGGCAUUGGAUGCGACCCUAUGGCGCUGUAGUGCAACUGUAGAAUAUUCUAGUUACAGGUAGGUACUGUGUUGGUCUGCCAUAGUUGAAACAAAAUUUAAAAAAUCCUUCCAUUAGCACCUUAGAGACCAACUAAGUGUUAUUGGUAUGAGCUUUCGUGUGCAUGCACACGAAAGCUCAUACGAAUAACAAACUUACCGUAGUUGGUUUCUAAGGUGCUACUGGAAGGAAUUUUAUUUUGUAGAAUAUUCAUCACAGUCAGGGUGAGAUGAGAUGAAGCAGCUAACUUUGCUCUACUGCAGUUUUAAUCAUUCUAACAUGAAUUCAUCAGGGCUCAGCUCCACAGCUUGUUUCGAUUUAGGGUGCAAGCCCUAACUCCUGUGAAGCGAAGGCAGAGUGUCUCUGAACACGUGCAAAGUGCCAUUCUUUCCUUCCCAAGUGACUGCCAAACGGGUUCCACCCAUUUUGAUAACUAUCCCAACCAAGGAUGUGGCACCCCUGGCUGCAGAUUCUCACUGGCCGAAAAGCAGAUUGCAUAGAGGCAAAUGCCCAUGAAAGUUUUAUUAAUUCCCCAAUGUGCCCCUUUGUUUAUGCAUACAUUUGCCUAGACACUUGUUACCCCCAGCAGCCCAAAUAGAACCGUUGCUUUUCAGUGGUAAGAACUUCCGAUUCAAGCGUAACAGACCAAGAGAGCUCUGCCCCCACCCCAAGGUGCCUGUUUAGAUCGGGGAAAGGGCUGAGGAAAAGAAGCCCAGGCAAGACAGCUGUAACUUUUUCUUUUAGCAUUACUCUCCCCAGCUGCUAAAACCCCUCAAAAAUCAGAUGACAAGCUUGAGGUUCACAUCCCUUUAAAAUGUCAUUUAUCACCCAAAAGACACUAUCCAAAGAGGGCCUGGAUUUACUCCCAGACAGGACACCAACUGCGGCCUCCCACUCUAGACAGGGCAUCUUUACUUCUAGCGGCAGAUUCCACCAAAGCGGUAUUCAGUUCCGGAGACAUUUACGAUGGCAUUAGGGA